AUGGCACAGAAUAAUAUGUAUAAUCUCGUCACACUGAUAAAACGGCUGGAAGCUGCCACAACACGCCUCGAAGACAUAGCCUCGUCCACCAUUGAGCUCCCCCACGCCGUUCCUGCUCUAUCCAAUGCCAUCACAUCGCCCCCUGACCAGUCUGCCACUCCCUUGCCGUCCGCAUCGUCUUCCGAUGCCCCAGCUGUCUCGACUCCCGCCCCCCAGGAGAAUCUUCCAGAGUCUGUGGAAGAGUUCGACAACUUCAUCACCCAAUCCGUCGACAAGUAUGUCAAGGCCAGUGAUAAGAUCGGUGGCUUGGUAGCUGAGCAAGCAUCCAAGGUCUUCGACGGCUUCAAGCAGCAACGCCGCUUCUUGCUCAUCUCCACCAAGGCAAAGAAGCCCGACAUCUCUGUUUCCGCCGACAUGUCGGUCUACCAGGAACUACUGAAGCCAAUCAACGAGGCUCUUGUGGCUGUGGGCAAUAUCAAAGAAUCGAAUCGUGGGGCUCCCGUCUUCACUCAACUGAGUGCAGUGGCUGAGGGAAUCAUGGUACUGGCCUGGGUAACCGUCGACAAUAAGCCGUUCAAACACGUAGAGGAAUCUCUUGGUUCGGCACAAUUCUUCGGGAACCGUGUUCUGAGCGAACAUAAGGAUAAGAACCCGGAGCAGAUCGAAUGGAUUAAUUCCUUCUACCAAAUUUUCCGCGAUCUCACCGAAUACGUCAAACAAUAUUUCCCCAAUGGGAUUCCUUGGAACUCUCAAGGCCAAUCAGCAGCUGACGUUGCGAAGUCAAUAUCAGCAUCGGGUGCCGCCGCAUCACCAGCUCCUCCCGCACCACCCGCGGCUGGCGGUGCGCCUCCUCCGCCUCCGCCGCCUGGCCCACCGCCAGUCCUACAAAUCAAGGAAGAAGCACCAUCAAAGGCCGAUACAGGACUGGGCGCAGUGUUUGGCGAAAUCAAUAAGGGCAGCGACGUCACAAAGGGAUUGCGCAAGGUUGACAAGUCAGAAAUGACCCACAAGAAUCCGUCGUUAAGAGCAGGAUCAACAGUUUCAGACUCGGAUGCGUCUAUACGGGGGAAGAGUGCACCCGGUAAGAAACCUAAGCCCGAGAGCAUGCGGGUUAAGAAGCCGCCUAAAAAGGAACUUGACGGCAACAAAUGGACAAUCGAAAACUAUGAGAAGCACUCUGAACCCAUCGAAAUCGAGGUGUCCAUGUCACAAUCGGUGCUGAUUAGCAAGUGCAACCACACAACGAUUAUACUCAAGGGCAAGGCAAACGCGGUAACUAUCGAGAACACGCAACGCCUGUCGCUCGUUGUCGACAACCUCGUAUCCACCGUCGAUGUCGUCAAAUCAUCAAACUUUGCCCUGCAGGUUCUUGGUCAACUGCCCACCAUCAUGUUAGACCAGCUCGAUGGCGCGCAGAUCUAUCUGAGCAAGGACAGUGUCUCGACUAGGAUCUUCUCGAGCAAGUCCUCUAGUAUCAACGUCAACGUGCUAUCUGGCGACGAAGGCGACUAUGUGGAGAUUCCCCUACCGUACCAGAUCUGCUCCCAGUACGAUGCGGAGAAGGGCGAGAUGGUCAACGAGAUCGUAGAGCACGCCGGCUGA